AUGGAUCGCUGGUUAGCAACAGGGCAACUUAAAAGAAGCGAGAGUAGUAUUACAGAUACAGAAUCUACAAGUGAUCAUCCUGUUGCCAAACAAAAAAGAAAGGUCCGGCGAAAGUACAGCGAUGAGUAUCUGGGGUUGGGGUUUCAUUGGACUGGCUCCGAGGCUGAACCACUACCGCUGUGUCUGGUGUGCUUGGAGACACUGUCAAAUGAGGCUCUGAAGCCGUGUAAACUACGCCGUCAUCUCGAAACAAAACAUGGAGAGUAUGUCACCAAGCCUCUUCAGUUCUUUGAGAACAAGCUGAAGGAAUAUCAGAGCAAGAAAAAAGUAAUGGAAGGUCGGGCUAUGGGCAAUGACAACGCAAUUGCAGUGGAAACAUCGUACCUGCUGUCCGAGCUAAUCGCUAAGACCGGAAAACCACACACUGAUGGCGAGACUUUUCUUCUUCCAGGUACUAAAAUUAUAGUGGAGAAAAUGUUGGGAGAGAAGGCAUUACAGCCUAUUAAACUCAUUUCACUGUCGGACAAUACUGUCAAACGCAGAAUUGAUGACAUGGCAGACAAUGUGCUAGAUCAGCUGAUACAGGACGUGAAAGCGAGCCGUUUCUAUGCCAUCCAACUGGACGAAUCGACUGACAUUGCCAACGUAGCGAACCUGCUUGCCUACAUCCGAUACGAAAAAAAUGCGGAGAUAAAGGAAGAUUUUUUGUUUUGUAGACCUCUGCCAACCCAUUCAACUGCUGAGGCAAUUUUUGACGUCCUUAACACUUUCAUCCUUUUAAAUGGCAUUGAGUGGUCCAAAUGUGUUGGGCUGAGCACUGAUGGAGCGCGUGCGAUGCUGGGCCAGCACAGCGGAGUAGUCAGUCGAGUGAAAGCGGUGGCCCCUCUCGCCAGCUCUGUCCACUGCAGCAUACACCGCGAAGCCCUGGCUGCAAAGAAAAUGCCACUGGAGCUAAAGACUGUUUUAGACCAAGCAGUGAAAGCCGUGAACUUCAUCAAGAGCCGUCCACUGCAAUCACGUUUAUUUGGCGUGCUCUGUGGAGAGAUGGGCAGCGAUCACACGCAGCUGUUGUUACACACUGAAGUGCGGUGGCUGUCCAGGGGCAAGGUGCUGACGCUCCUGUUCGAGCUUCGAGAUGAAGUGCGCCUGUUCUUCCUCAACUCAAAGUUUGAACUUGCACAUUGCUUCAAUGAUUUUGAGUGGCUGGCUAAAUUGGCUUAUCUCGCCGACAUUUUCAGCCACUUGAAUAGUUUGAAUCUAGCUCUUCAGGGGUCAGCUGUCAGCGUGUUCAAGGUCCAGCACAAAGUGGAGGCAACCAUAAGAAAACUCGCGCAGUGGAAGAAGCGAGUCGGCCAGGGGAAUUACGACUCCUUUGAAAACAUGUCAGAUUUUCUGACAAAGGAGGAGACACGGCUUCCCAACACCGUGACGAAUGCAGUGAAAGAGCACCUGGAGGGUUUGAAAACACAGCUGCGCGAAUACUUCCCUGCCCUCGACGCGCAGUGCAGUUGGAUCGAAAAUCCGUUCGAAGUUCAGGACGAGGCCCUUGCUAUCCUGAGCGCAAAAGAGCAAGACGGACUGUUGGAUCUCUCCUGCGACACCGCAUUGAAGCUGGUGUUCUUGCACAAGCAUCUGAUAAACUUUUGGCUGCAUGUUGCCUCUGAGUACCCAGACCUGGCCGACAAAGCUGUGCGAUACCUGAUGCCAUUUCCAACGACGUACCUGUGUGAGAGCGGGUUCUCUGCAUUAGUGGCCGUGAAAACCAAGUACAGAAACAAACUGAAUGUUGAGCCAGAUCUUCGACUUCGACUUUCAUCCAUUGAGCCAGACAUUAAGUAUCUUGUUGGCACCAUGCAACACCAGCCUUCACAUUAG